AUGUUCCUGUUCAAUAGUGAACAGCAAUCGGAUCAGGAUGAGCGAGGUGAGUGGAAGUUUGUUGAAUCUGUUAAUCAGUUUGAUGUUAUUGGGGCGGAGAGUAUAUCAGUGAGUGAUGGUGAGCAAGAUGAGGUAGGAACUGGGCCAGAUACUGUUAGUUUGGCAUUUCUUAUGUCUCUGGGCGUUGCGUUUGGGGUAUUGAUAGUUGUUAUGGUUGUUAUGGCGGCGUAUCUGACGUUUUGUCAGGGCAAUGAAGAUGAAGAGGAGUAUAACGAGGAAUCAGGUUUGUUGCCACGGAAUUUUUUUAAGAAAUCUGCUGGGGUGCUGCUGGACAGCUCUCUGCUUAUGCAGGGGUCAGGGAGUAGUGAUGAUCUGACCGAAGUGGAGCGGCAGCAGCUUACGAAGAUGUCACGAUUUGAGAUUGAGCUUUACCAGCGUGCUAAGGAGUUUCGAAUGAUGAAUCCGCCGAUGGUGAAGCCAUUUGGGACGUACGUCAAUGCAUCUGAUAGGCAAUGCAUCAAGGAUAGAGGUAUACAGGCGUAUUACUUGCUACCAUCGAUUAAUGAUAAUGUUGAUGUUUCAGGGAACUUUCUUCCUAGCUUUCUUAUUCAAGACAAGUUGAAUAUUACGUUUACAAAGUAUAACAAGUCUUCCUCGACAAUCAUGAACUACCCAUUGCCAUUUAAUAAGCGGGAUGCGGUGUAUUUUGAGGUGAAGGUUUACAAGUUCAAGAAUACAUUUAUGUCAAAUUCUAUAUUCAGCAUUGGAUUAGUCACUUGCCCUUAUCCAUAUUUCUCUAUGCCGGGCAUGUGUCCCUAUUCAAUUGCAUAUGAGUCUACAGGGAAACUAAGGAUUAAUAACGCAUUCUAUGCAAGCACUUUGUUGCCUAGUUUACAGGAAGGCGAUGUGGUUGGGGUAGGCUAUCGGUAUAGGUCAGGGACGAUAUUUAUUACACACAACGGAAAGAAGCUUAUGGACUUGACUCACAAUGUCGGGAUCGAUUUGUUUAUAGGUAUAGGUGCCAUGAACGCUGCAUAUACCAGGACCUAUACCAAAAAUGGGCUUUUGGAUGAUAUAGACAACGUCGAGUUGCGCAAUGAACUUGCAGACGUUGAACUUGGUCAAAAGAAAGAGAUAUCUGAUGUUAUUAACGAGCAACUACUUCUCGUCCAUGAUCCACAGGAAGCAUGUGUUGAUUCCGAUGAAAUAGAGUUGCACGUCAACUUGGGUAACUUGGGCUAUGUAUUUGUGGAGGCAAAUGUUAAAAAAUAUUCUUUCGGUAGCCUUUUUGGUGACAUUGGUAUCCCCCCUGCAUACAAUGGGGAUGAAACAAAGACAGAUUUGAUACUUCAAAAGGGUGACGACUUACCCCCAACCUAUCCAGAAGAUGAGCUAGGUUUUUUUGGUAACAUAAAGGUUAACUUGGGUCAUAGACCCUCAACAUCGGUUUCAACCAUCAGCAACAAUCUUCAAGGUUCCUCGGAGAGUUUCCCCGGCAUGCUCAGCUACGAAAGAAACACAUCCACCACUACCACCCACUUUAAAACACUUGGUGAAGAAAUGAACAAUGGGCGCAACCUACCUGGUGAUAUUACCGAGAAUGAAGCCGCUGCUGCUGCACCUUUGUUAUCCCGGGGAUCGAAGGGCUCCAAAUCCGCAGUUCGGAAGAAAAGAAGGAAAAUGAAGAACCAAAAAUAG